UGACCAUUUCACAUUUUAAAAUUUAAUAACUAACUUUUUUAUGAUAUCCUCAUAUAAUUUUUAAUACCUGUUAUUAAUGUACUGAUACCACUUUUUAUAUUUCUGAUCUUGGUUAUUUGAGUCUUCUUCACUUCAGGUUCAAGAAUCUUUUCAAAGGAUUUUGAUUAAUUCCCCCUACUUCAUAUUUGUUUUACUUUAAUUAAUUUAUGAUUUUAAUUAAUUUAUGUUUAUGAUUUACUUCGAUCUAAUUUCUGUGCUAUAUUCAUAUUUUCUCAAAUUUUAAAAUAAAAAUUUGGACAUAAAAUUUCCUCUGAGAAACUUGUUUUAGCAAACAAAAUCUAAUACUAUGUAAAAUGAUAAUCAUACCACAAAAGGUUUAUUCUUGGGGAAAAAAAGGGUAAGUUAAACAUUGAAAAAUCUAUCUGCAAAUAAUCACAAUAAAAUAAAAAAGAGAAAAAUAACAUGAUCAUCUCUUUAAAAGUACAGAAACCUACAUGAUAAAAUUCAGUAUACAUCAACACUUUAUAUUUAUAACUACUUUGUUUACUAAUCUAAUAAGAUGUAUGUGCAAAAUGACAGCUCAGAUGAAAUUAAAAACCACCACAUGGGCAGAAGGGUAGAGGAUUUACCAUGAAAGGCUGGCCCAGCACAAUACCAUACAAAACUGGGUGUAAUAAAGAAACAGAAACAAAGAGCCACUGUGAAUUAAAUCAGAAAGGGGGGGGGGGAGGGGAAGCCAGGGUCACAACGGGGACAGAGGCUUAUUAAGCCAGCAUCAGGACCAGCGAGGUCUGAGGUUUCUGCACAAAGGGAGGGAAAGGCUGGAAACCACAAUAACCUAACCCAGCUGAAAGGCACUAAAGCAGCCUCAGACCAGAGGUCUGCUCAUGCCUCACUGGCGAAAAGCCUUUCCAACCUAAGCCUGUAAGAAUUACCAGAAAACAAAGAGCAGAAGAAAAGAGCUCUUGUUAACACAACUAAAUGAAUAAAGCUUCCAGAAGCAACAGUUAAGGUACUCAGAAUGAAAAAUAAUUAAAACAAAAACAGAUCCACAUAGACAUAAAAUGAAGUGAACAAAGCAUUUAUAAAAUUCAUGUGUGAUAUGGUUCGGAAACAAGAUGAAUUUUACACAGUGGGAAAUUUAAAAAGGCAUGAUUAUGAUGUUUUCAAUAGACACGUAUGAAAAACCAAUGAAAUGAAUGCGUCCGAACGAACACUGUAAAGGAUUGAUUUAAAACCUCAAAGGGCUGUGAUUUCUUCCCUCAGAGGAGCCGCGGGAGGGCGAGAGGCUGCACGCAGCAGAGCAGGAACGGCGAGGCGGACAGCACUGCCGGAUGUGAACAAAAGAGAAUGCCGGUCACAAUUCCAGCCGGACCGACCGUGCACCGACCCAGUGGAGGACUGACGUUGCCGCCACAGGAAGUGUUUGCUGCGCCUGCUCAGAAAAGGAAGUAGGAACACAGGCACAGGAAGCAGGGACUGGGGGAGAGGGAAAACAGACGCACAGCUCCAAAGGAGGAGCCCCGGAGCUAGCUCGUGGCCUCCGGGCCUCAAGCCCGAAAGGAAGACAUACCGGGGAAGUUCCGGUACCAUUCUGGGGGACUAAAAGCUGCCAUGGAAGAGCCUGCAGCUCCCAAAGAACCCCACGAGGCAGCCGGGGCCUCUGGGGGUGCCGAGGCAGCAGGGGGGGGUGCUUCACGGCCCACCCUCCCGGUGCGCCCUGUCUCCCGGUGGUCCUCGGCUCCAGGCCCAUCCCCGUUCCGCCCAUCACGUCUGAGGCCUGCCCAAGCCUCAUGGGGAGGGGCCGGGCCCAGCUGGCUGCAGAGCCGGAGCACUGGCAGCUGGACAAAGCAAGUCGUCUGCAGGUAUUAUCUUCAUGGGCUGUGCAAGGAGGGGGAGAAGUGCCGAUACUCCCACGACCUCGGCCGGCAGGCGGCCGCGGAGGGCCCUGGCUCGCAACCCCAGGCCUCUGCAGACAGCGGCCCUAGCACGGCUGCGCACAUGGACCCCCUGCCUCAGCAAGUGGCGGAAGCCCCCCCUGCUGCUUCCUCAUGCUCCUUGCCUAUGAUUGGCUCGGCUGGUGAAAGGGGUUUGUUUGAAGCCAAGACAGACAAUGCAGGCCUUGAAGCUGCUGGAGGAGCAGGUGUAGAAGGCUGGGAGAAUGCCGUUGAAUUUGUUCCUGGGCAACCCUACCGGGGCCGCAUGGUCCCUUAUGUUUCCGAGGCUCCUCUGCAGAGCUCGAUGAUUGAGAGGGGGCAGAUUGUCUUGGGCAUGGGGAGGCAGCUUUGCCGUGAUGCUAUCGCGGGGCAGUGCUUUCGUGGGCAGAGCUGUAUUUAUCUCCAUGGAGAUAUAUGUGAUAUGUGUGGGCUGCCGGUCUUACACCCCUUGGAUGGUGCCCAGAGGGCAGACCAUGUAAAGGCCUGCAUUGAAGCACACGAAAAGAAUAUGGAGCUCUCUUUUGCCGUGCAGCGCAGUGCGGACAAAGUGUGUGGCAUCUGCAUGGAGGUUGUCUAUGAGAAAGCCAACCGGAAUGAUUGCCGCUUUGGCAUCCUCUCCAGCUGCAACCACACCUACUGUCUUAAGUGUAUCCGCAAGUGGAGAAGUGCCAGACAAUUUGGGAGCAGAGUUAUCAAGUCCUGCCCUCAGUGCAGGGUCAUGUCCACCUUUGUCAUUCCCAGUGAGUUCUGGGUGGAGGAGGAAGAAGAAAAGCAGAAACUUAUUCAGCAGUACUUGGAGGCUUUGAGUCACAAGACCUGCAGGUAUUUUGUUCGAGGCAGGGUCUGCCCAUUUGGAGAGAACUGUUUUUACAAACAUGUGUAUCCUGAGGGCCAGGGAGAGGAGCCUCAGCGGCAGGGUACUGAGGCGUCUGGUACUUGCCAUUGGGAACCUUUGGAGCCUCUGCAGGUGGGAGAGGGCAACAUGCCCUUUAAAAGCAGUAGAAAAGAGCUUGUCAUGCUUUGGCUGGCCAAUCUGUUGUGUAAGUGUUUCACCAGGAGCUAUGCGCUCCCCUUCACAGAGGUCUGGUGGGACUUACCUCAUUGUGAGCCGGAAGAAUAUUGCACUUUGAAUCUGUGGCAUUCUGCUGUGGCAUGUUGUCUGGUGUGCUGAGGCUCUGUCAUCUGCUCUUGUCUGUGUUUUGUUUAUAGACACAUCUGUCACUUCCAGGGGCUGCUGAAACCAUUUGUAUAGAAACAUCCAUCUGUUUUCUUGACCAUUCCCAUUUCUGGUCCCCCAGGAUUAUGGUGUUGCACUGUGUUAAAAAGUAACAAAACAUCCUUAAAGUUACUGUUUGGUGAAAUUAAUAUGACUGUCAGUUUAUGGUUUAUUUUGUCAUCUGUUUUUAACAGGAUUGACUCAGUUGUAGUCUAGUGUUUACAGAAUUUCCACACUCAUUUUGAAGCCCCUCAAGAAUAAAUGUGACAGGGUGAAGGGAGAAGUCUAAACUGAACCAGGAGCUUUUUGCUGCUUCAGUCUUAAGAAAUGGACCCUCGUGGGGCUUUAUGGUGCAGCUUCAGCAUCUCUGUUGUUUACAUGUCUGUUCCCUCCCCCAUUCCCCUUCAAGUGCAUUCUUAACUUGUGAUUACCUUGUGGUUUUAUGUUUUACUUGACCAGAACCAGGUGCAUAUGUUUACAUGUUUUUAUCCUGUUUAACUUGAUGUGAAAUCAUUUAUAUUUGGAAGUAUAUAUGUAAGAAUUAUAUAUACGUGCAUAUUAAUGUGUAUGAAAGUUAUGCAUUUGACAAUAUAUAUUUAAGGUGUAUACUAUAAUAUAAUCUUUAUUUAAUAAAAUAAAUACUGAGCUGGAAGCUGAAAGGUUGAUAGGAUUGCUGUUGUGUGAGUGUGAGGUAUGUAAAUUAUUUUUCUGUCCCUUUCACAGGUUUCAGUGAUUAGCAUCUAAUGAAAACAGCUAUUUCAGUGGCUCUAUCUAAAUGUAGCAGACACAGAUCUUAAAGAAUUUACAGAAUAUGACACUGGUAAUUACUGUGAUGCCAUUAAUAGCUUGCUGCUAUGUGAGUUCCCAUGCAGUUUAGCCACUGUAUCAUUAUUAUUUAAAACAACAGUCUUUGACUCAGAUACACAGUUCUUUGUAUUCAGUAUUUUGUGUCAUCUAUAGACAUAUCAGAGUAGGGGCUUUUGACAGAAAUUUUUGGCAUAAAAGUGAUAAGAUUAUAAAAAUUAAAGUAGAAUAAUAAACAUUUUCAAAUAAGUCAUACUGCAAUAAUGGAAAGACAAUAAAUGAAAUAUAGAAAGUAAUGAGAACUAAAUAAUAGUAAAUUGGAAAGUUAAUAAUGCCAAUACACCAUAAUUGUAUUAAGUGGAAGUAUUUUAAAAUCUGAAGAUUAGCAGACAUAAUUAAAAUGAAAAUGAAACUAUAUAUUGUUAACUACAUACUACAUACAGUAGAAGAAUACAUAAACAUUAUAAGGAUGAAAAACUAAUCAGAGGUGUUACAACUUUUGAGCAUAGAGUUCAUUAUUAAGGAUUAAUACACAACUGGAGAUACAUAAAGUAUAUAAACAUGAAAUUAUAAUUUACCAAGAAGAUUAACUAUUCCAAUUUUCUGUUUAGUAUCAUAGUAUUAGAUAAGCAAAUAAAUUAUUGAUAAGCUACAAAGUCUUGGUAAACAAUUUGAAUACUUCUCAAUAACUGAACAAGCAAAGAAAGAAACAAUCUGGGUUAAAUAGCACAGUUUUAACAGUUUACCUAGUUGACAUGUAUAAAAUGCUGUGUAUCAACUGCAGAAAGCUCUCCUCCUGCCUAACAUAGCUGAAAGUAUCCUGGGGACCUGAGUCACAGGGGUGGCAGAAUUCCCCAACUGUUUAACAAAGACAGGACAAAUUUACAGAGUUUAUACUCUUCAAAACAGUAAUUUAAUUCUCAGAACCACCUUAUCAGGUACUGGCUAUAAUUUUUUAUCACCAUCAUGAUGAGAUGAAUGAGAGAGAGAGAUGUUAAAUUACUUGCCUAUAUAGCUCUGACCUGUAGGCAUAAAUAAGUGGAACAGCAGCAAAUGAACCUCAGGUAGUAUAUUUCCAGAUCAUAGGCACCAUGCUGCUUCUUGUCCCACAUUUAUGACUGAGAGCAGGUGGACCCACUUAAUAUAGCUACUGGAAACACGUGCAAUAUUUAUGUGUGGAGUCUCAUAAACUGCCCGGUGGGACAGAGGUGAGAAUAAGUGAGCUACAAAAUGUUGGAUUUCUGGAGCUUUAUCUGUGGGCUGCAGACCCAGUAUUUCUUAGUUCACCACUCAGAAUGUGCCUCAGCUGCCUGUAUUCAUAAACUGCCUCUUUCUUAUUACAUGAUUCCCGAUUUUGUGGGUGAAUAUCUCAGCCUAUUUCACUGAGGUCUUUGCCAUAUUCCUUCCCUCUUGAUUGUUGUUGUCCAAAUAAUUUCUCAGUCAAUAGGCCCUUGAUGCCUGGUUAUUACCAGCACCUAGAGUGAGUGAUUCUAAAGUGUAAAUCCAAAUAUAUUUCCACCUACUAGGCUGUCCUAGUCAUUCAGGGGAAAGGGGACUUAGAUGACCAAGAAACCAAAGAAUAGGACCAGAUGGAGCAGUCUCAAAGACUGAACUAACCCCAGGGGCUCAAAACAUGAGCUCUGUGUGGUGACUGUGCUGUCAAGGAGGACACUUGAAGCCAAGCACAAAAAAUUUUGAAAAGUUUGUCCUAAUAUGCACUAUUUAAUGUUGUGAAAUAUCACAUUUUGUUCAAAUAUUUUAAGCCCAAAUAAUUAUAUAAAGUUUGAUCUUUAUAUAGCAUGUGAAAAGGGUCCAUAGAACAUAAUAUGGUUUGGGAGACAAAGGAUGACUGUAAUCCCGACUGCAUCUUACCAUCCCUGCAGUCAGGAGCAAGUUAUUUAAACUUCCUAUACCUCAGUUUCUUUAUAUGAAAAAUGGGUAUAACACCAUAUAUUUUUCUAGAUUGUUGUGAAUGUCAAGUGUAAUCUGGACAAUGCUUAGGACAUAUGUGGUAUUUUAAAAAUAGCAUGUAUAAAAGUGACAUUUGUGUACUUGUGAACCUGAGAAAAGCUUGCACAAGAAUUAAAACACCACCAAGUUUUUCUCUUUGAUCAUCUUUGGAAUUUGUCUUAAGGUAACAUUAUUUUUAAAUGAUUUUCUUAGAAAAUGGUACAUUAACUUUAUAUUCAUAAUUUCAAAAAGACCAAGUAAUAUUUUUAGCAAAUGUCACUCAGUUGAAACCAAAAAUGUGCUAUUCAAUUCCUAAAAAUAUAACAAAAAUUAUGUUAUCUCUGACUGAUACCUACAUGAGGAAAAUAAGAAAUAAGAUUUUUUUUUUAAUGAGAUUCCCUGUUCUUCAUCAGCUCAUUCAGGAAGAGAUCAAAUAACAGGGAUAUCACCAGGACUGAAGCUGGGUGAAGUGUCCUGAGGGUCUGCCCAUAAGGACAAAUGAACCCCCCCUGCUGCAGUUAGGAACAAAGGAGCCCUUUGCCAUACAAAGGUUUGCUCUGUGAGUGAUUCAGAGUGUAUGCUGCUCCCUCCUCCAGGAGAUUCAUGGAUUCAGCCUCUGGGGCUUGUAGCACACAGAGUGUCAUUCUGACCACACAAAGAAUGCCUGGGUGAAGCAGAUCUGAUUUUCUUAUGCUCCAUUUGUUUAAGUUUGGUGGAUGUAAAGACUUAAUGAAAUGAAUAUGCUAAAAAUGUACCUCAUACUCCUUCACUAAGUCAAUUUACUGGAUCUCAGUGACUUAAAGGGAAAGAUUUCUAAUUCAUAUUUGAUACCUAUAGGUGUUCCAUUUUUCACUUUGGCAAAUAUCUCAGGGGUGUGAUUUCUGUUUCCACAGCAAAUGCUGAACUACAACCUAAGUAUCAAAUGAAGUUGAGGUGGGUAUGAAAAAAGGGGUACUUGGAAAAUAACCCAAAACUGGUAAAAAGAAAUAAAUUAACACAUGUUAGAAUUUUUGCCAUGAAAAAUAUUGCAUAUCACAUUUUCUAGAGUUGAUCACUAACAAAAAUAACUGGCUAUUUAUUAGAUCACAAUGAAACUGUCAAUUAAAUUGAAAAAAUAGUAGUACAGACAACGGUCUCUGAUUCAAGACAAGAAAAUAAACCACUACUGCUGCUGCUUCUGCUAAGUCACUUCAGUCAUGUCCGACUCUUAGCGACCCCCUGGACUGCAGCCUACCAGGCUUCUCUGUCCAUGGGAUUUUCCAGGCACGAGUACUGGAGUGGGGUACCACUGGCUACUCUGAAACCACUAUUAUAUAGAGAUUUUUAAAAUACCUCUCUCAAAAGUAAUUUGAUGAAAGAAUAAAUUUAAAAUCAUCUAGAAUGGCAGAAUAAGAUAAUGAAAAUGUAUGCAUACUAUAAUCUAUGGAAUAGUGCUGAAUCUGCACUCAGAGUAAAAAUAAUGUUAAAUACCAAGAUAAAAUGUCUAGAAAUACAGUUUACAUAAUUGAUUAGGUAUGCAAAUCUGUAAGUUUUAAGGAAACUACAACAUUCAGAUGCACACACACAACACUGGUAAGCAGAAGGAAUUAAGAAUGAUUAAAGCAAAAAAAUAAAAUGCAAAUAUAUAAGCUGUUUUUUUUUUAAGAAAAAUCAAUAAACAGAUAAACCAUUAAUGUAAUUAAAAAAAAAAAAAGAAGGAGGAAGUGCAAUUAAACAAAAUAGGAAACUAUGAAUAGGACAUACUCAGAGAAAAGCAUACACCAAAGAAAUAGGAAAUAAACCCUUGUUACACUAAGACAGAUUCACCUGGAAAUGUGAUAGGACUUUAAAAUUUUCAGCGUGAUUUUCCAAACAACAAUCUAAGAAACAAAUCAAACCAGAACAAUUACUAAUGAAAAGUUAAAGUUUCAGGAAUGUACUUAUGUCCUGGACUGCCCCAAAAGACAUUUGUCCCAGAAAUUUACUAAAACCUUUAAAUAGAUUGCAAUGUUAUAUACACCACUCCAGAGAAGAGAAGAAAAAGAUUUAGUUAGCUUGUGAAUGACACCUAACAUUGAUAUCAGAAUGUUUCUAAUAUAGUAUAACACAGAGUUAACUAGAGCCCAGUCUCAUUUUCAUUUGUGAAUAUUGAUGCCAAAAUAAUCUCAAAUGAAAAACUGACAAACAAGCAAAACUAGCACAGCAGAAGAAGAGUACAUCAGGAAAGAAUAGGUUAUUUUCCAAAAAAUAAAAAAGGAUGGUAGAAUAUUAAAAAAUGUUUGAUCUUAAUGUAGCAAAAUACAUAAUUAUUUGGACAUCUUAUAUCUGGAAAAACACUAAAUUCAAGUUCUAUAUAAUUUUAUAUAAAUGUGUGAGAUGUGCUAUCUAUAUAUGUAUAUGUGUACACAUAUAUAGUAUACAUCUAUAAAAUUUUUAAUGCACAGUCACAAAACACAUGACUAAAGGAAGCAAAGGAGUUAAAAAUAUUAAAUAAUGGAAGAAAUUAAUAUAUUAAAUAUUAUGAUUGAUUUGAUUUAUUUAAAAAUAUGUAAAAUAGAUACACCAUUAUCUAACUUAAGAAAAGGAGGAAAAAACAGCAAUAAAAUGCAAAUAUGGAGUUGGACACACACUCAAUUCAUAGGAAUUCACCACAAAGAGAAGUUCUAUUAAACAUACAAAAGAACAUUACUCAAACAGAUACCAAUUAAUUGCAGAACUUGAAAGAAGUUGAUAAAUUUUAGGCUUAUGUAAUUAAUUACACAUUGACUACACAAAAUAUAACCUAAUAUUUAAUAUGAGUAAAUUAUUUCACAGAAUGCAGUUUUACAAAAAAAAAAUAGUGAUUUUCAUAAAACCUUUAAAGAACAAAUAUUUCAGUACUAUUUUACAUAAUUUGGAAACCAUUAUCAAAUGGAAAAUGGAAAUUAGGACCUCUUAUGUGGUUUUAUUUUGUUCUGUUAUUUUUUUCAGCUCUUCUUAGAUACAAUUGACAAAAUUGUGUAGGUUUAAGAUGUGAAAUAUAUGAUUUGAUAUAUGUAUAUGUGGCACCCCUCACAUAGUUAACAAUUUGUGUGUGUGUGUGUGUGAUGAGAACUUUUUAAAUAUACUGUUUCAGUGACUUUACAAUAUACAGUACCUCAAUUAUUAACUAGUCACCAUGCCAUACAUUAAAUCCCCAGAACCUGUCUUAUAAUUGGAAAUGUGUACUCUGACCACCUUCACCUAUUUUCCCCAUUUUACUCCGUUACCCUGGCAGCCACUGAUCUGCUCCCUGUUUCUCUGAGUUCAUUUUUUUUUAGAUUCCAGCUAUAAAUGGUAUAGCAUUUGUCUUCUCUGUCUGAUUUAUUUCACAUAGCAUAAUGCCUUGAGAAUUAUCCACAUUGUAGCAAAUGUAGGAUUUAUUUACUGUUUAUGGCUAUAUGAUAUUCCAUUGUAUGAUGCAUAAUUUAUGCCAAAGUAUAAUCAUGAUACUGUGUACACACAUACAUUUUCAUACAAAUGAUUAAAUGAUUUAUUGAAAUAUGGUUUAUGAAAAUUAUCAUGUACCUGGUGUAAAGUGUAAAUAUAUUGGUAAUAGCCAAAAUAAA